GGCCACCAGCUUGCAGACUGCAGGGAGAGAUGACUGCCUCUCUGUCUUCCCUAACAGCUAUGGGUGCUACAGGAAGAUGGAUGUUCUGGACCUUGUGUGUGUGUUUCAUCGCUCGGGAGAACGCUGCGCUCAGGGUAGUCAUGAGAGAAUCCAGUCUGGAGGUGGUUCGAGGGGAUUUUGUUGUCCUGCCCUGCUCCUUCUACACCUCCACCUCAGCCCGCCUCUCCAGACUCAACAUCAUCUGGACCCUGACUCCCUCCUCCAGUCCAGAAACCCCAAUACAGGUGAUCGUGUACGACCAUGGACAGGUGAUUGAAGACCCCUCCCUCAUUGGGCGGGUGGGUUUUACAGGUCUUCCCUUGAGUGCAGAUAUCAUGCUGAAUGACACACGAGUAUCAGAUGCCGGUAUUUACCGCUGCAUGGUCAACAACCCACCGGAGAUUACAGACCCCGGCAUAGGAGAGCUGGUGCUCAGUGUUCUGGUGCCGCCUUCACUGCCUGUAUGCCAGUGGGAUGGAGACAUUGAAAUGGGAGGAAGUGUCAAGCUGUCCUGCUUGGUGGCGGAGGGCAGCCCCACUCCAGAGAUCCGCUGGGAUAAACUGAAUCCAGAUGAAAUAUCACUUCCCAUCAAUAUGGAGGGUGACAUGUCAGGCUCUGUUCAAAUUGUCAACGUGUCCUCUCAGACCUCCGGCCUGUACCGCUGCUCUGCCACCAACGCCCUGGGAACAGAGAACUGCUACGUCAACUUGUCCAUCUACAGCACCCCAAACAGUCCCUCAGGUGUAUUGCAGGGCGUGCUGCUGACCUUGUCCAUGAGCCUGGUGCUGCUGGCUUUGCUGGUGCUCGCUCUGUGGCUCCAUCACACAGGGCAGGAUGGGAGGUGGAGAAAGGGGAAAGGAGAAGAGGAUGAGUUCUAUAAUGAGAUACGGUAUACACCGUCUCUAAUGAAGCGCUCUUUUGUUUGAGUUCUCAAAGACUUUCAGGACUUUUUUAAAUCGAUCUAGAUAAAGGAUGUUUGCAGCUCAGUUCCCUGAGCGCUGCUGCACAGCUGGACAGCAUCGCAAAUUUUGAAAUAAAUGUGAAAUAAAUCUUC